AUGACCUCCUCGAAAGCCAUCAUGAGUUCAGUUUCUAAACUGACCGAGUUCCGCUGCGAUGCUGUCGUUAACGCCAUAGGAACGUACCUUUGUGAUCUUAGGCGUGCUGGAAUGUCACCCUAUGAUGACUUGCUUGACGGGAGAAGUUUUCUGAAAAUUAUGCAUGGGACUUUAUACAUGCCGGACCACCGAUUCAAAGAGUGUCAUACAGGGUCGUGUGCGUGCUUGGAAUUAGAAGGCAUGAGUUUGAAGAGAGAGCUGGAAUCCGAAAUCAACAACUUCAAAGAAAAGAAGCUAGGUCUUUGCCUCGACUGUGUGAAGACGGCAGGGAAAUCAAAGAAGGAAGAAAAAUGCCAAGAAUACCAUUUCUACUAG